UUCCUAUUUAUGAGGUGGGGUGAUGAAAGAGGAAGACAGGAAAGAUGGCGACAGUGCAAUCAAUCAUUAUCUAUGUGCCUCUUUCCCCGGCCAUUUAAAUCCCCACCCACAUCCUUGGAUGCGACACCAUGGUCGUGGCUGCGGACUGUGGGAGGUCGAAGCUGAGGAUAUCGAGCACCGUCCAGCAAAUGGCAGAGAUCAUCUCCACCUCCUCCUCGUCUUGCUCCCCUCCUCCCCCACCGCCCCCCUCUCUGCCGUCGCUGCCACCGUUUUUCCCCGCCCCUGCUCACCGGCCGGCUACUAGCGCUCUUCAGCACCGGCUGCAGUGCCUCCUCGGCUCCCGACCCGAGUGGUGGACUUACGCCAUCUUCUGGCGCGCCUCCCCCGAUCACCACCUUCUCGCCUUCGGCGACGGCCAUUUCCGCGGCAAUCGUGAGCUCGACGGGAGGCGCGUCCCACCGAGGAGCGGCAGCGGCGGUGGUGUCCAUGCCGUCCUGAUCGAUGAGGCCUGCACCGACGGCGACGAUGCCGAGUGGUUCUACGUGGUUUCCCUCACACGGUGCUUCGCGGCAGGGGAGGCCGCCGUACCCGCCCGCGUCUACGGCACGCUGGCGCUCGUCUGGUUGACGGGCGCGCAUGCGCUCCAGACGUGCGGCUGCGACCGAACCCGCGAGGCACAGCUUCACGGGAUCGAGACGAUAGUGUGCGUGCCGGUGGCUGGGGGCGUCCUGGAGCUCGGCUCCUCCGAGCUCGUUGGGGAGAACUGGGUCUUGGUGCAGCAGGCCAAGGCCAUCUUCUCCGUUCCCGACGACGAGGCCGACGCCGGUCUGGCGCCUGUCGUGACUCUGCCGAGCCCAGUCUCGAAGAAGGAGGUCUCCGGGCCGUCGAUGUCGGUCGACACGGAGCAGUUCUCCGAUUCCGAAGGAGGACAGACGGUGGAGGGCCUCCGAGGCAAGAAGCGGGGGCGGAAGCCCGGCAGCAGGCGAGAGACGCCGGUGAACCACGUCGAGGCCGAGCGGCAGCGGCGCGAGAAGCUGAACCACCGGUUCUACGCGCUGCGCUCGGUGGUGCCCAACGUGUCGAGGAUGGACAAGGCGUCCCUGCUAGCCGACGCCGUCUCCUACAUCAAGGAACUGAAGUCCAAGCUGGAGGAUCUCGAGGCAGAUUCGAAGAGGGCCAAGAAGGAGAUAAACGUGGUGGACGCCAGCAACCGCCCCUGCGGCGCCAUGGCCAGCAGCACCGGGACGGCUACCACCUCGUCGUCGGUGGUGACGGCAGGGCCAGCGACGAUGGAGGUGGAGGUGAAGUCGCUGGGGCCGGACGCGAUGAUCAGGGUUCAAACGGAGAACGUGAGCCACCCGACGGCGAAGCUGAUGGAGGUGCUGCGGGAGCUAGAGCUGCAGGUGCACCACGCGAGCGUGUCAAGCGUCAAAGAGGUGAUGCUGCAUGAUGUGGUGGUGAGAGUGCCGGAUGGGCUGCAGGCGGAGGACAGCCUCAGGGACGCCCUCCUCACCAAGCUGGAGACGAGCUGAGAGGAGGAGGAGGAGGAGGAGGAGGAAGAGGAGGAGGAGCCUGCGGGCGAAGAAGCCAGGAUUACAGUCUUCUUUCCUUUUUGUUGCUCCGUAGGUGGUUCGACGUAUUAGAGCUAAUGACUCGUUUGGGUAGUGGGAAUAAUGCCUCUCAUGGCUUCCGUCGUGGGUUAAAGAACUUGUUACUGUGGUGUGAGGGUGAUUAGAUAUGAUGACAACAAUAAUAACAAACCGUUGAUCUUACUGUAA